AUGGCGAAAUGCGGGCUGCUGAUCCUGUUCUUGGCAUUCCUCUUGCCGGCGGCGCGUGCGACGUCGUGCCACCUCGACGACCUCCGUGCGUUACGGGGCUUCGCCGGAAACCUCAGCGGUGGGGCUGUCCUCCUCCGUGCUGCCUGGUCCGGUGCAUCCUGCUGCGGCUGGGAGGGCGUGAGCUGCGACGGCACUAGCGGUCGUGUCACGGCACUGCGGCUCCCUGGGCACGGCCUUGUGGGGCCCAUCCCAGGAGCAUCCUUGGCAGGCCUCGCACGGCUGGAGGAGCUCAACCUUGCCAACAACAAACUGGUCGGCACCAUCCCAUCGUGGAUUGGUGAGCUUGAUCACCUUUGCUACUUGGAUCUCUCGGAUAAUUCAUUGGUUGGUGAGGUACCCGAGAGUUUGAUACAGCUCAAGGGGCUCGUCAUAGCUGGUCGUUCACUGGGUACGGCUUUUACUAAUAUGCCAUUGUAUGUCAAGAGCAACAGAAGAACACUCGAUGAACAACCAAACACAAUAACUGGGAGCAACAACACUGUCAGAUCUGGAAGCACCAAUGUUGUUUCUGGGAACGACAACACUGUCAUAUCCGGGAAUAACAACAAUGUGGCUGGGAGCAACAACACUGUCGUAACCGGGAACGACAAUACCAUAACUGGUAGCAACCAUGUUGUAUCUGGGAACAAACAUAUCAUAACUGACAAUAACAAUGCUGUAUCCGGGAACGACAAUAAUGUAUCCGGGAGCUUCCAUACCGUAUCCGGGAGCCGCAAUACCGUAUCUGGGACCAACAACACCGUAUCUGGGAGCAACCAUGUCGUAUCUGGGAGCAACAAAGUCGUAGGAGAUGAAUGA